CGAAGAUGCUGUGCGGCCUCGUGGGCUUACCAACUCCAUAAAAUGUCGUUGCUGCCUCCUCGACGGCUCCAUCGUCACAUCCUCUCUCACUCUGCCUCCUCUCCUCUCCUCCUCUUUGCCAGGGCAUUGGUGCCUCCUGUGCCUUCCUCGGAUCGCUCCCGUGGCUGCCGCGGCGAUGGCGUCUGGGGUCAAGGCGAGGAGCGAGGAGGAGUGGCGCGCCGUCCUCUCCCCCGAGCAGUUCCGCAUCCUCCGCCUCAAGGGCACCGAGUUACCCGGAACAGGUGAGUACAACAAAUUCUACAGUGAUGGGGUUUAUAACUGCGCUGGCUGUGGAACUCCCCUGUACAAGUCCACCACGAAAUUCGAUUCUGGUUGCGGCUGGCCAGCGUUCUUUGAGGGGCUUCCAGGAGCCAUAAACCGAACACCGGAUCCUGAUGGUAGGAGGGUAGAGAUCACAUGUGCAGCUUGUGGCGGGCAUUUGGGCCAUGUUUUCAAGGGAGAAGGAUUCAGGACACCCACCGAUGAGCGCCACUGCGUGAACAGUGUUUCGAUCAAGUUUACUCCUGGCUCCUAAAUCAUCUUCUCUGGAUGAAAAUUCGCAUGUCUGGAAGCAGCACAAAAUAAUGAAGAUCCUGCCAGCAUCUAGAUACCGCUUACUUAACAUGUGCGUGUGUUCCCUUUUACUUUGGCUGUGACUUGUUACUUCCAAUGCCGGGAAUGGUAACUGAAUCUGUUUCAUAAAAAGUUAGUACUGUA